AUGGCAUCAUCACAAAAAGAUAUUGAAUUAAGUCCAGUUAAUACAACAUCUGAUAAUAAUAAAGCGCCGGCUAGCGUACCUGUGCACGAUGAAGAAGAUGUUAUUAUUGGACGGUUUAGAAAAAUAAGUUCAGCAAAAUCAAUGGCUGCUACUAAUGGUAAUAUCCAGUAUCCUUCUGAGAUUAUUAAAAGUGACACUGACUUAGAGGCUGGGUUACAGUUUAAAGCAAAAGAAGGUGAAAAGCACAAGCUGCUUCCUGACACAGUUACCAAUGGUGCCGUGGUUCGGCCGACGUCCCCUGUAACGAAAAGUAGCUUUAGAGAUGUGGAGAAACCUUCUAGAUUUAGAGACCAACCAUCAACUACUAGAUUUCAGAUGGAAGAUAAACAAGACGAAGCAACAGAGUCUGACGGAUCAGGCAUGGAGAGUGACGACCCUUUAACCGCUACCGAUACUAAAUAUGGUAAAAGCUUUAGACAUUUCACACGUGAGGCGUUGCCGCGGCUGGAUAAUUACAGGAAUGUAUUAUCGCUUCACGCUGCACCGCGACCGACUUUAGACGAAUUACACAACGCUUCUCUAUCAAGGAAGCCAGGUCAAACUCUAGAGAAAGAACAUGGUGUACCCCCCAUGCCGUCUCCAAACGUGAAGUUUGGCUGGAUCAAAGGAGUGCUCAUGAGAUGUCUACUCAAUAUAUGGGGUGUUAUGCUAUUUUUGAGACUAUCUUGGGUCGUUGGACAAGCUGGAAUAGCGCAGGCAUCGCUUCUAAUCUUGACGACGUCCGUAGUGACAACUAUCACUGCGCUCUCUAUGUCCGCUAUAAGUACGAAUGGAGUUAUAAAAGGAGGUGGUACAUAUUACAUGAUAUCUCGGUCUCUUGGACCCGAAUUCGGGGGUUCGAUAGGGCUCAUAUUUUCCAUGGCGAACGCAGUCGCGUGCGCAAUGUACGUGGUGGGUUUUGGAGAGUCUCUCAUAACACUGAUACCUGAACACGCGUACAUGGUCAGCAAAAGUUGGGACCAAGCAAUUUAUGGAUGCAUAACCAUAGUGUUGCUGACGGGUAUCGUGAUAGUGGGGUUGGAAUGGGAGGCCAAAGCUCAGAUAGUGCUUCUAGUUAUUCUAUUGGCGGCCAUUUUGGAUUUUUGCAUCGGAGCCAUAAUGGGACCACAAGAUGAUACUGAAAUUGCUCAAGGAUUUGUAGGAUUUAACAUGUCUGUUCUUCAUAGUAACUUAGGGCCGGACUACAGGGAGUUUGAAGGCGUCCAACAUAAUUUUUUCUCAGUUUUCUCAAUAUUCUUCCCCGCUGCCACCGGGAUAUUGGCUGGUGCUAACAUAUCCGGAGAUUUAAAGGAUCCUCAAAAGUCAAUACCAAAAGGCACACUGCUGGCUAUCUUGCUGACGACGAUCUCGUACGUGCUGAUCGCGGUGAUCGCGGGCUGGACUGUGCUGCGCGACGCGUCGGGCGACGUGGCCCACGUGGCCGCCUGGACCAUGGACCGCUGCAGGGACAAUGGCACUUGCGGCUAUGGAUUGCACCAUAGUAAUGAUGUAAUUCGUCUAGUGUCAGCGUUUGGGCCGCUGAUAUACGGCGGGUGCUUCGCUGCCACCCUCUCCUCCGCGCUGGCCUCGCUCGUGUCCGCGCCUAAAGUGUUUCAGGCGCUAUGUCAGGACAAACUGUAUCCAUACUUGGAUUUCUUCGCUAAAGGCUACGGCCCCAACAACGAGCCGGUGAGAGGAUACGCGCUCACUUUUGUUAUUGCCGUUAGCUUCAUACUUAUGGGUGGUUUAAAUCAAAUAGCACCUUUAAUAUCAAACUUCUUCCUGGCCGCGUACGCGCUCAUCAACUUUGCCACCUUCCACGCGAGCCUCGCUAAACCCGUCGGCUGGAGACCCACUUUCAGGCUGUACAACAUGUGGCUGUCGCUGGGCGGCGCGGUGGUGUGCGUGGCCAUCAUGUUCGUGAUCUCGUGGGGCACGGCGCUGCUCACCUUCGCCUGUCUGCUGGCGCUGUACCUGCUCGUGUCUUAUAGGAAACCUGAUGUGAACUGGGGAUCAACGACACAAGCGCAGACUUACAAAGCGGCGCUGUCCGGCGUGCACCAACUGAACAGGGUCACUGAGCAUGUUAAAAAUUAUAGGCCACAAAUUUUAGUGUUAACGGGCUUCCCCGCCGAGAGGCAGCUACUAACUGACUUUACUUAUCUCCUCACUAAAGGACUGUCGUUGAUGCUCUGUGGACAUAUUAUGACGUCGCAAGUGAACCAUCGCACUCGAGAGGCGCUGACGAAUCGCGCCAACCACUGGUUCAUGAAGCGCAAGAUAAAGGCUUUCUACACGCUGAUCGAUGACGUCACCUUCAAAGAUGGCGCCAGUGCUCUAAUACAGGCUAGCGGUGUGGGCAAGUUGAAACCUAACAUACUCAUGAUGGGUUUCAAGGAGGACUGGCAGACUUGCAGCAGGAGCGAGCUGGCCGAAUAUGUCGAUGUCAUGCACAAGGCGCUGGACGUGCACAUGGCGCUGGCGCUGCUGCGCGUGGCGGGCGGGCUGUGCGGCGGCGCGCUGGACGACGACGUGGCCGCCUGCCUGCGCGCCGCCGGCCCCGCCGACCCCGCCGCCGCCGACCCCGCAGCCCUCUGCCGUUCAAUGGGCGACAACAGUCUUAAAGAAUCAAAAUCCACUGAAAGCUUGAAUUCUCAGUCAAGAGACGACAGCAGCCUGUCGGACGUGUCGGUGUCGGGCGAGCGCCGCGUGUCGCCGCACCCCGCCGCCAAGCACCGCAAGCCGAAGGACACUAAAACGCUAAGCGAUGUGGUGCGUCGUAUCGGCAUCGCGAGGGCUCGGCGCGCGUCGUCCUUCACCUCAGUAGAGCAGUUCACCAAGAAACAGCCCGGCACUGUUGAUGUGUGGUGGCUGUACGAUGAUGGCGGGCUGACGCUGCUGCUGCCGUACAUCCUGUCGACGCGGCGCGCGUGGGCGGCGUGCCCGCUGCGCGUGUUCACGCUCGCCAACAAGCACACCGAGAUGGAGAUCGAGGAGCGCAAUAUGGCGUCCCUUUUGUCCAAAUUCCGCAUAGACUACUCGGCAUUGAAAAUGAUCUCCGACGUGACGAAGAAACCGAAAGACUCCACCCUCGCCUAUUUCGACGAACUCAUCGCACCCUUUAAGACGACUGACGAGACCGAUGAUAACAUGGGCAUAACGGAGGCGGACCUGCUGGCGGCGCGCGCGCGCACGCACCGCUACCUGCGCGUGCGCGAGCUGGUGGGCGCGCAGUCGGCGGGCGCGCGCCUGGUGUGCGUGACGCAGCCCAUGCCGCGCCGCCGCCUGCCCGCGCCGCUCUACGCCGCCUGGCUGGCCGCGCUCGCGACCGCCGCGCCGCGCGUCAUGCUCGUGCGCGGGAACCACGCGGCCGUACUCACCUUCUAUUCA